UCUCUAUUUUUCCCUCACUGAUACUGAGGAGAAGACAAAAACACUCUCUCCUUCAACUGCUUUUUCCUCUCCCUCUCUGCUUCUCUUUCUCUAAAGCGUAGCUCCGGCAGCACUGCGCUCCCUCUCCUCCUCCUCCCCUCUCUCUAACCAGCACCCCCAUCUCUCCACCUCUCCCCCACCCCCUCAGGAAGAAUACUGCUAACUGUGCUGCACGCGGCAGGCUGCAGCUGCUAUAGCCACGGCCAGGCAAACCAUCGCAGGGACAGGACCAGAAGAGAAGAGAGAAAAAGAGAGGACAUUGGGAUGACUGCGUCAGGAGUCCUUUAGCUUUUUUCUCUCUCUCUCUUUCUCCAUCCAUCAGAGCGGGGCGAAUCAGGCACCAGCUAGCCUUCGGCAAAGUCACCGAGACGGAGGGCUCUCAGCCGACAUACACACAGAAACACAGAAACACACACACACUCACGAGGACCUGCUAGACCGGUGGAUUUAAAAAAAAAUGUAUUGUCAUUUUUUUCCUUUCUGCUCGGUGUGUCUGGCUUUUACUGCUUGAUGGAACAGUGUGAUUCGUCAACAGAGGGGCUGUGUGUCUGCGGCUGCAGGCAGGGAGAGGGGGAGAGGAGGAGGGCCGGGGGACGCCAGUCACCUGCUUAGCUUAACCCACACGGCCUGUCCUUUCCCACCGAGCCUCUAGUCUCUACACACUGCUCUGCUCCACUCUCACCACCGGCUAACAGGAGACAUUUUGUUCCAUUAGUUAACACAGGGACAUUACCACCACUUUCCAGAUUGAAGGAGAAGAACUGAAUAUAAAUACACUUUUCACAUUUCUGUUUUUCCAUGGAAAGGGAAAUAUACAUGACUCUAGUUCCUGAUUGUUUUUUGUGAUAUUCAGAAAGGAAGAAACAAGGGACCGUUUAAGAACUAAUGAGGUAGGUGAUCACUGCAAAAUCUUUCCUUUACUGCUGCUCUGCCUUCACAUAAUCUCUCUCUGCCUCCCUCUCUUCCCCCUCUCUCCCUCUUUCACUCUCUCUCUUCCCCCUAUCUCCCUCUUUCACUCUCUCUCUUCCCCCUCUCUCCCUCUUUCACUCUCUCUCUUCCUCUCGCCCCCUAUCACUCUCCAUCUCUCUUUCUCGCUUCCUCUCUCCGUCUCCCUUUUUCUUUUUUCUCUUUCUCUCUGUGUCUAUCUCUGUGUAGCGUCACCCAGUCUCGUCGAUGGCGUGGCGAAUCCUGUCCUUGCUCCAGCCAGGGUAGGAGGGUGGUGCGUCCUCCUCUAGUGUCCGUCUCGCCCCAACAUGCUGAACAAUGAGCCCUCCGCAACAUGAGUACUGUGGGCCGGGUUUCUCUGCAGCCCACCUGGAACGCAGCCCUGCUCGCCCUGCUAGCCCUCACCAUGGUGCCAGCUCUCAGUGUGUGCCAGCCUGCCGGCCUGGGUCCUCCCCCCAACCCCCAGAACUGUCCGGUGGUGUGCUCCUGCACCAACCAGAUCGGUAAGGUUGUGUGUACACGCCGUGGCCUGGUCAGGGUUCCCCCCGGGAUCCCCACCAACACCAGGUACCUCAACCUGAUGGAGAACAGCAUCGAGACCAUCCAGGCUGACACCUUCAGACACCUACACCAUCUGGAGGUGCUGCAGCUGGGCAGGAACGCCAUCAGGCAGAUUGAGGUGGGGGCCUUCAACGGCCUCACCAGCCUCAACACCCUGGAGCUGUUUGACAACAGACUGACGGGGAUCCCCAGUGGGGCUUUUGAGUACCUGUCCAAGCUGAGGGAGCUGUGGCUGAGGAACAACCCCAUUGAAAGCAUCCCCUCCUAUGCCUUCAACAGGGUGCCCUCUCUGAUGAGGCUGGACCUAGGGGAGCUCAGGAGGCUAGAGUACAUUUCUGACGGGGCCUUUGAGGGCCUGCAGAACCUCAAGUACCUGAACCUAGGGAUGUGUAACCUCAGGGAGAUGCCUGUCCUGUCUCCCCUGACUGGCCUGGAGGAGCUGGAGAUGUCUGAGAACACUUUCCCUGAGAUGAAGCCUGGCUCUUUCCGCGGCCUGCGCUCGCUACAGAAACUCUGGAUUAUGAACUCUGGGAUCACCGUGAUCGAGAGGAACGCCUUCGAUGACAUCACAGCACUGGUGGAGCUGAAUCUAGCCCAUAAUAACCUGUCAUCUCUCCCCCACGACCUCUUUGCCCCGCUGCAGUACCUAGUGGAGCUCCAUCUCCACCACAACCCCUGGAGGUGUGACUGUGACGUGGUCUGGCUGUCCUGGUGGCUCAGGGAGUACAUCCCCACUAACUCCACCUGCUGCGGCCGCUGCCACUCCCCUGCCCACAUGAGAGGACGAUACCUGGUGGAGGUGGACCAGACCACAUUCCAGUGCUCUGCUCCCUUCAUCCUGGAUGCUCCCAGGGACCUCAACAUCUCUGCAGAGAGAGUGGCUGAGCUCAAGUGUCUUACGGCCGCCAUGUCAUCGGUCCGAUGGCUGCUUCCUAAUGGGACCGUUCUGACCCACGGCUCGUCUCACCCUCGGAUCUCUGUCCUCAAUGAUGGAACGCUCAACUUCUCCAACGUUUUGCCAUCGGACAAGGGUGUCUAUACUUGCAUGGUGACUAACAUGGCAGGUAACUCCAACGCCUCAGCCUACCUGAAUGUCAGCAAUGCUGAGCUCAACACCUCCAACCUGUCCUAUUUCACUACAGUGACUGUGGAGGUGCUGGAGCCCACUGUAGAAGAGACCCCCAAACCCAAACCCACAGUCCCAGCCUCGCCCUCAGUGUUCCAGCCCGUCUUCAUCUCCACGCCCACCAUGCUGCUCCAGAGCACCCAGACCCCCCGCCAGGUGUCUCUCCCCACAGCCCGUGGCCCCACCCACCCCUCCGCCAGCCUGGACGAGGUCGUGAAGACAACCAAGAUCAUCAUUGGCUGCUUCGUUGCCGUGACGCUCCUUGCCGCUGCCAUGUUGAUCGCCUUCUACAAGCUGCGUAAGCGGCACCAGCAGCGGAGUACGGUGGCAGUGGCGAGGACCAUCGAGAUCAUCCAAAUGGAUGAGGAGGUUCCCGAGGUUCCCCCGGCCAGGUCAGGUUCUAGCGAGUCUGAGGAGAUGGGGCUGGCUCUGCCCACCAUCUUAAAAGCAAGAUACAUCUCAUCAUCCUCAUCGUCCUCCCACAGAGACAGAGACAGAGACAAAGACAGAGACAGAGACAGGGACAGAGCUGCCUACGGGGCUCACUGGACCCAUAACAACCUGGGAAACUCCCUGCACCGUUCCUCCAGCCGCCAGCAUCAUCAGCAGCACCACCACAGCCUCAUCAGCACCAUCGCAGAGCCCUACGUCAUUAAGACCACUCACACCAAGGAGAUGGUCCAGGAGACCCAGAUCUAAGGGACUCAUGCUGGCCUUACUGUGGAUCUAACUGUGUGGAUCUAACUGUGUGGAUCUAACUGUGGAUCUAACUGGGUGGAUCUAACUGGGUGGAUUUCUAUAUGGAUCUGACUCUACUCCCUCCUCUCUUCCUCUCCUCACUGCUCACCAGUCCAUGCAAUAGAAUGCACAAAGAAGACGGUAACUUUCUUUUGUACAGAGUGCAAAAUGGAGACAGUUUUAUCUAUCUUGUACAUGCUUAUACAUAAAUAUAGAAAUGUAAAAAAUAUACAUCUAUAUAACUUAAUCUAAUAUGGGGAUGGUGUUGGGAUUAUGUAUCAAAGAAGAAAGUAAAAUUUAAACUAUUUUCUAAUAACUUGUAAGUUCUAUUUAAAAGCGAGAGAUGUUGAGGUCUCGAUGAUGGUAUGUUUGAUUGAUUGAGGGAGGAGCUGUCUUGAGGGAAACUGUUCUUUUUGUCAUUUAGACCAUUUAGGAUGUAGUACAAGCCCUUUAUACCCACAGCAGUUUAUAAAACAACAAGCCCUAACAUCAGAUCAGGCUUCGCAGGUACAUCUUAUAAAAGUGGCAGUUUGUACUGUGCCAAACGUUACAAAUACAAUAAAGGACUCCGGAAGAUUAUGAAAACCAACAGCCACAUCCUAGCAAAAUCUAGACAGAAAGACAGAGAGUAAUUUGUCGAGGGAGAGACGUAGAGAGAAGAGCAUAGAUUUUGCUGUUCAGUAGCUAUCAGCCAAAUGGUUUUAGACUGCAGUGAAUUUCUGCAGCUAAGGUUUAACCCUUUGUUUUCCGGAGCACAGCUACACAUCUAUCUAAAAACAGCUCUUUAUGUUACUGAAUCUAAACCCAUUUAGUACGGUUGUAUUUGAUUUACCCCAGGUUCCCUUGGCUAAGAUGAAGGACAGGCUAUUAUGAACAGAGAUUUGGUGUGGUUUCUUCAUGCAGAUUUAGGUUGUAUUGUUCUUUUUUAUUUUUGUCUUGGGUUGUGACAUGCUUCUUAAUGGCAUGUGUAGUGUUUAGGGUUAAUGUAGUGCUGCAUUACAGUGGUUCUCUGUCUGCUCUCUGUAAGGGCUCGUUCUAAUGGUAAUCCCUCACAGUUACAGACGUGGUGCAGAGAGACUGGGGUUUGCUGACCAAUCUGCUUUUGGAAGAAAAAAAGGAGCUGGGCUGAAAUUAAAUGAAUGUCUGGACAUUGGGCUUGUUUCUCUAUGGACUUCAUUGAAACAAUGAAAUUGUUUUUUCUUUUCCUUAUUUUGGGUAUUAUUUCGAGCAACACUAUUUUUAUGGGGUGUCUAUAAGGAGGCUACAAAAAUAAAACCUUUAGUUUUGUAUUUCUCUA